AUGUCUCCGGCCUCUACUGUUGCUAACCGCACCGCCUUGGUGUUUGGCGCCUCUGGGAUCACUGGAUGGGCCAUAUUGCGCGAAGCUCUUAACUAUCCAACAAGCUCAACGUUUCAUAAGGUUAUUGGUCUGACAAAUAGGCCACUGGAUCGUUCGAAAUCCUUUUUACCUGAAGAUGAUCGGCUUGUGAUUGUUCCCGGGGUUGACCUCACGGCGGCUGUGGACGACGUGGCGGCCAAGCUAGCUGGUAUCGAUGGCAUCAAAGACGUGACUGACGUGUAUUUUGCUGCAUAUGUGCAGCCCGCCGGAGCUUCUGAUUUUGAGGGAUUUGAGAUACUCAAAGAGAUCAACGUUCGAAUUCUUGAAACGGCAGUCCAGGCAGUCGAGCGAGUUAGCCCAAACUUGAGAUUUUGGACGCUACAAACAGGCGGAAAGUCAUAUGGCUUUAUACACGUCCCUCAGUUGGGGUUUCCCAAGGUCCCAGCCAAAGAAUCUGACCCAAGAAUUCCUCAGCCAUAUGAAGACCAAGUAUUCUAUUACGCCCAGCACGAUUCACUUCAGAAGUUGUCUGCUGGGAAGAAUUGGCGCUUUGCUGAGAUUCGCCCCGAUUUAGUGAUCGGCUUUGUGCCGGGUGGCGGUAACGCAAUGAACUACGUUCAAGCUCUGGGCAUCUUCCUCAGCUUUUAUGCAGAUCGUGAGAAACAAGAACCGAGAAAAACCAUUCCCUAUCCUGGACCUCUCGCUGUAUAUAACAGCCAUUAUACUGAGAUUGGUCAGGCGACGUUGGCUAGAGCACACAUCUUUGUUUCAAACUUGGACGGAAUCGCAAAUGGUGAGAUUUUCAACGUCGGCGACUCUCCAGUCACUGCUGGAAACAACUGGGCUGAGAAGUGGGUGUCCAUCUGCGCCAUGUUUGGUCUCGAAGGCGUUGCGCCUGGAGAGACUCCCAGUUUAAGCGUGUCGAAUUACAUGGAACAGCAUCGUGAGGAGUGGGCUGCCUUUGAGGCGAAGCAUGGCUUGACAUCGGGUAUCAUUGGAAAGACCAGCUGGGAGUUUAUGGACGUGCUUACUUCAAUGCCUGUGUUCGACCGUCAUUAUGAUUUGUCCAAGAUCACGACUGCAGGAUUUGAUAAACGCUCAAAUGUGUUGCAGAACUACGAAGAGGCUUUUGAUUUGAUGAGGGCUGCAAAAAUGAUUCCAUAG